AUGGCGCCGCACGCCUUUUCGCUCUGCGAGCUGCCAGAGCUCAGUGUCUCCCAGGCUCAAGAGUUCCAGGACCACUUCCUGGGCCGCCGCGCCGCGGUUCUGCGGGGUUGGGGUUCCAAACUCGGAAGCCCCUGGCGGCGCCUACGGCGAAAGUGGGCCCGAAGUCGGCUGUUCGCAGACCAUGGCACGCAGAGAGUGCGGCCCAGCCACCUGCAUCGAGGCUGCGGCUUGGCCGAGAACGCGCGGAAGAACGCGACCUCGGUGCUACACGCGGCAACGGCUGAUGGCGGCGGCUGCAGCUACUUGCAGCCGCACCACCCCGUGGCCGCGGCCUUGCGCCACGGCCCCGACGGCCGCUGGGCGCCGGAGGCCUUGGCGGCGGUGCGGCUGCACGGGCCCUCGGUGAGCAUCGGGGGCCGGAACUCCGCGGCGGUGCUGCACAGGCACGAGGAGGCCUGGAUGGCGCAGAUCUACGGCAAGAAGCUGUGGCUGGUGGGCGCAGCCGGCGAAAGGGGCGGCCCAUUGCCUGUGGACCUUCUGCCGCAGCCGUGCAGGUACAAGUCCAAUGGUCCCGUGGAGGUGAACACGCCGGAGGGUGUUCUCAGACUGCUCAAGUGCACCACCGGUCCAUCCGACAUCCUUUACCUGCCUGACGGCUGGGCGCAUGCCACCUGCGGCCUGGGCAGCUUCAAUGUGGGCAUUGGCUUCAUCGGCUCCGUGGCACCGCUGCCGCCCCUCCACCGAGCCGCGGUGCUUGGCGACGUCCACCGCGCGCGCGCGGCCCUCGCGGCGCUCGCGGCGCCGGCGGCGCUGCUGGCGCCGGCGGGGGGCGGAAUGCUCAACGAGGAGGGCCUGUUGCCGCUGCACUGGGCCGCCUGGAACGGCCACCUCCCCCUCCUCCGGCUGCUGGACCCAGGGUCCGGCGACGCCGCCGUCGGCGUCCACGCGCUGCGCUGGGCGGCGGCGCGGGGGCACGGGGUGGCGGCGAGGGCGCUGGCGCGGAGAGUUGGGGACGCGCGGGAUGAGCAAGGCGCCGGUGCCCUGCACUGGGCGGCCACCACAGGGCACAGCGAGGUGUGUAAGGUGCUGCUGGAGAUGGAGGCUGACCCCAACGUCGGGGACUUCUAUGGAGCUCGGCCCUUGCAUUUCCUCAUGGGCGAGGGCCACGUGGCGGUCAUGCGACUCUUGAUUGCGCGUCGAGCAGACGUCAACGUCCAGGAUGAGGAGGGCGCCACGCCGGCGCAUGGCGCUGCGCAGUUUGGGCACCUCCAAAUGCUGCGGCUCCUGGCCGCGGAAGGCGCGCAGCUGGAUGCAGCUUCCACCGCGGGGUACCACACCUGGCACGUGGCCCAGGCCCUCGUUUUCCGCAACACGAGCCGACGCUUUCUAGGGGCGGCCGGGGCUUCCUCGUGCUGCGCGUCCGGCUUCAACGAUGCGGCGGAGAUGGUGAAGGACUCCAAUGUGCCGGGAUCCAUGCGAAACAGCAAGGACUCGCACACCUUCGAGAAUGGCGCGACCUACACCGGCGAGUGGAAAGGAAGCUUUAGGCACGGGAAGGGCGUCCAGCUUUGGCCGGACGGUGCACGCUACGAAGGGGACUGGCUCGAUGACAAGGCCUCCGGCUCCGGCCGCUUCGAGCACGUAGAUGGGGACAUCUACGAAGGUCAGUGGAGAGAUGACAAGGCGCACGGGCACGGCGUGUACUACCACGCGGAUGGGUCCAAGUACGAUGGUCAGUGGGAGGACGACAAGCAGCACGGCCAAGGCGUAGAGAUCUGGCCGGACGGCGCCAAGUACACGGGCUCCUACGUGCUUGGCAACAAGUGCGGCAAGGGCACCUUCGCCUGGGCGGACGGCUCCAGCUUCCAGGGGGAGUUCCUGAACAACGACAUCCACGGCGCCGGGGUCUACCGCUGGAGCGAUGGCCGGAAGUUCGAGGGGCAGUGGGCCCACAACAGGAUGCAUGGCUAUGGGCUCUUUACCUGGGUGGAUGGCCGGAGCUACGAGGGCCAGUACGUGAACGAUCAAAAGGAUGGCGAGGGCACUUUUAGAUGGCCGGAUGGUCGACAGUACCGGGGCCAGUGGCGAAACGGGAAGCAGCACGGCACAGGCAUCUACUGCACCGCCCGAGGCGACCGGCGCCGCGGCGAGUGGGAGGAAGGUCGGCGGACCUGCUGGCUGGGCCCCGCGGAAGCGGAUGAGAAGGGAUCGAUCGCGGUGGGGUGA